AGGCGUACGAAAGUAGUAAGACUGUGCGUCAGUACUAGCGGCCCAGCAAUAUUAUCGUAUCUGGGAUAUCUCUUACCUGUAAUGACUUCGGGUGGAAUGAUCUAAGCGUUGGAAGAACCUGGGUUCAAGGUGGCUACUCCGGACACUUCGUUGCUGCAAAGCACUUGGCUGAUUCGAAAGCGACACCAAAUUACCGAAACCUUGUCAGUGAGCUUGAAUUUCUGCUGCCUCAGCCUGCCUGCUGGCUCUUUUCGUGGGACACUCAUCCUCAAGAUAACGGGGGGUGCGCGUUCAUUCCAUUGACCGCGAAUAUGGCAAGUCCUCCUGGAGCAGGCGCAGCUGCAGGUGGUGCGGUUGUUCCUCGGAAUUUCCGCUUACUGGACGAACUGGAGCAGGGCCAGAAAGGUGUAGGUGAUGGAACGAUCAGCUGGGGUUUGGAAUCGGAUGAUGAUAUGAGUUUGUCACGAUGGAAUGGCAUGAUUUUGGGACCUCCUAGAACCGUGUUCGAGAACCGGAUUUACAGUUUACGCGUGGAAUGUGGUGAUAAAUAUCCAGAUGAACCGCCUUCCAUUCGAUUUGUCACCAGAAUCAAUAUGACGGGUGUGCACAGUAAUACGGGCAUGGUGGAUCGGCGUGUCGUGCCCAUAUUAUCACGUUGGCAGCGUUCCUAUACUAUCAAGACCGUUUUACAAGAGCUGCGACGAAUGAUGGCCGCUAAGGAAAAUCAGAAAUUACCACAACCUCCCGAAAAUACUACGUUUUAGUGAUAUCCUUAAUGUUUGCAUGGAAUUUAAAGGGCUGACACAAGUUUUUAUGGAAACUAAUGCAUCGAUUUGGGAUUACUGACAUUUCCUUUCAUUUUUAUAAUUCUUGGCGCAUCCUUACGCUUUCGGGUUGCAUACAGAACGAUUGGGGAGUGGUUUUAUCUGUUUUCUGUGUGGCAUUAUUGGGUAAUGGACGGAUCGGUCGUGUAAUAAUUUACUUAAUGUUCGAUUCAAACCGCCUCAAACUGCCCGAAUGCAGUUUUUUUCCAAAUGAAAUUGAAUAUUAUUAACUGUAUUUUUUGGUUAGUUGUGUGGUUGUCAUCUCGUCAUUAGACAUUUCAUGGUUUUGUGCAUUUACGCACAGAGGCAUACGCGAGCGCUGGUGCCUUUGAUAGUUUAAUUGCGUUAUCGAGUCAUUGUUCUUGAUCUUAAGCGGAUAAUCUGCGAUCCUUAUGUUCACUGGAAUCGUUUGUGAUUUUGGCUUAUGACCAUUUUCGAUUAAAAUGAUAAUGUUGGA